GAGAAGAGCAGCCUGUGUAAGCAGUUCCUCCGGCCUCCUCGCCUCUCCUCUCCGCACCUCGCUCUCGCGGCCUGCCCACCCUGCCGCCUGCUCGCUGCCCAGAAAGCGCCGGCGCCUGGACCGGAGAGAGCCGGAGACCCACGAGAGGCGCGAACGCCACUCGAAAAGGAGAAAGGCUGAGGAGGGCAUCGAUACCGUUGACCUUAUGUGUCUGGGAACACCUUCCACCAUGGCCACCUCAGCGAGCUCCCACUUGAACAAAGGCAUCAAGCAGGUGUACAUGUCCCUGCCUCAGGGUGAGAAAGUCCAAGCUAUGUAUAUCUGGAUUGAUGGUACUGGAGAAGGACUGCGCUGCAAGACCCGGACCCUGGACUGUGAGCCCAAGUGUAUAGAAGAGUUGCCGGAGUGGAAUUUUGAUGGCUCUAGUGCUUUUCAAUCCGAAGUCUCCAACAGUGACAUGUAUCUCGUCACUGCUGCCAUGUUUCGGGACCCUUUCCACAAGGACCCCAACAAGCUGGUGUUCUGUGAAGUCUUCAAGUACAACCGAAAGCCUGCAGAGACCAAUUUAAGGCACACCUGUAAAUGGAUAAUGGACAUGGUGGGCAACCAGCGCCCCUGGUUUGGAAUGGAGCAGGAAUAUACCCUCAUGGGCACAGAUGGGCAUACCUUUGGUUGGCCUUCCAAUGGCUUCCCUGGGCCCCAAGGUCCCUACUACUGUGGUGUGGGAGCAGACAAAGCCUAUGGCAGGGAUAUCGUGGAGGCUCACUACCGGGCCUGCUUGUAUGCCGGCAUCAAGAUCGGGGGCACGAAUGCCGAGGUCAUGCCUGCCCAGUGGGAAUUCCAGAUAGGGCCGUGUGAAGGAAUCGACAUGGGAGAUCAUCUCUGGGCGGCCCGCUUCAUCUUGCAUCGUGUAUGUGAAGACUUUGGAGUGAUUGCCUCCUUUGAUCCUAAGCCCAUUCCUGGGAACUGGAAUGGUGCCGGCUGCCACACCAACUUCAGCACCAAGGCCAUGCGAGAGGAGAAUGGUCUGAAGUACAUUGAGGAGGCCAUCGAGAAACUAAGCAAGUGACACCAGUACCACAUCUGAGCCUAUGAUCCCAAGGGGGGCCUGGACAACGCCCGGCGCCUAACUGGAUUCCACGAAACCUCCAACAUCAAUGACUUCUCUGCCGGUGUGGCCAACCGUAGCGCUAGCAUCCGCAUUCCCCGGACUGUCGGCCAGGAGAAGAAGGGUUACUUUGAAGACCGUCGCCCCUCUGCCAACUGUGACCCCUUUGCGGUGACAGAAGCCCUUAUCUGCACAUGUCUUCUCAAUGAAACUGGCGAUGAGCCCUUCCAGUACAAAAACUAAGUGGACUAGACUUGCAGCCGUCAAAACCCCUCCUAAUCCUACAUCCUGCUGCCACUCUCGCCCCUCUCACCUGUCAUAAUAGCUGUUAA